UCACCGCCAUCUAGUGCAUGGUUUGCUUACUGAAACUGUGGCUAGCUAGAGGCUGGAAGGUCAAGCUGGUAUUACAUCCGGUUGAUUAGGGGUCGCGCAGAAGGAUUCCACAUUGUAACUGUUACUAGUUUGCAAUGUUGAUACGAAGAAUAUUACAAUUGGGCGUCUCUGCUGCGAAAGGAAGUCGGAUCAUUCAUCACAGUGCGCCAUGGAAAAGUCCUCUUAUACCCAUUGUAGUUGAACAGACGGGCCGAGGAGAGCGCGCCUAUGACAUCUACUCUCGCCUCUUGAGAGAGAGAAUCAUCUGUGUGAUGGGUCCAAUUGAUGACUCUGUAGCAAGCCUUGUUAUUGCCCAGUUGCUGUUCCUUCAGUCAGAGAGCAACAACAAACCCAUCCACAUGUACAUCAACAGCCCUGGUGGUGUGGUGACAGCAGGACUGGCCAUCUACGACACCAUGCAGUACAUCCUGAACCCCAUCUCCACCUGGUGUGUGGGACAGGCUGCCAGCAUGGGCAGCUUACUCCUGGCCGCAGGCACAGCUGGUAUGAGGCACUCGCUGCCAAAUGCCCGGAUUAUGGUGCACCAACCAUCAGGAGGGGCAAGGGGUCAGGCCACAGAUAUUGCCAUUCAGGCAGAGGAGAUUCUUAAACUGAAACAUCAGAUCAACCUCAUUUACAGCAAACACACGGGCCAGCUACUGGAAAAAAUAGAGGGUGUGAUGGAGAGAGAUCGCUACAUGAGCCCGAUCGAGGCUCAGGAUUUUGGAAUCAUCGACCGGGUCCUGGUGCACCCGCCUCAGGCAGGACAGGACGAACCGGAACUGGUCCAAAAGGAGCAGACCACACCGUCGAGCUCCCCCGCUGCCCCCGACACGCCGGCCCCUGAACAAGGGUUUUCCGGGACCAACCCACCCUCCUCAUACAAACCCGAACCCUGAAGGAUAAAAUCCAGACUCGGCCCUCCCUCACAAGCCACAUGCUGACCAACUCACUAAGGGUAUGCCUGGAAGGAAGGAAGGGGCACCAGUAAUUCCUCAUAUUGCCUAAUAUCGACGCCGUGUUUUUUUCUGGUGUCUAUACAGGACAGAAGACAUACCAUAUAAUAGAAAUACGUAUGUGCUCUUAACUGAAGACAGAAAAUGUGUGUGACGUCUGAGUCUCAACAGAGGCUUCGUAUUUGUAACUUUUGGGUGUAAUUUGAAUAAAAUGUUUAGAAUAGCAGAAUAUGUAAACUGGUAAAUAAAAAAAUUAAACCAAUUAUAUGUGAUUGCAUAAAAAAUCAAUAUCUGACAAACAAAAAGUACCUUAUUUUGAUUUUCAGUGAUAAUCAGACUAGUUGGAGGACAGGAUAUUUCUUUUCUUAAAUGUUAUGUUCGUCUUUACAGAAUUAAACCCUGAUUUUACAACUGA